AUGAUGCUGUUCGUUAGAUCUUUACGAUACUGGGCUGAAGAACCACAAGUUAUUUACGUGAUAAGAAUUAUUUUUGAAAUAAUAUGGAUGAUUUUACGACUGAACUUGGAAAUCAUCAAAGCUCUAUUCAGAGUUGUGGUGCCACAGGACCGUAAAGAUGUCACAGGAGAUAUUGUAUUGGUGACUGGUGCUGGUCAUGGAAUGGGCCGCGAGAUCGCCACCAGAUUCGGCAAACUUGGUGCCAAGGUGGUCUGCGUGGACAUCAACUCCAAAGGCAAUGAGGAGACCAUCUCCUUGAUCAAGAAGAACAAGGGAGAAGCUUAUGCUUACAUAUGUGACGUCACAGACAGAGCUGCUGUUAUGCAGCUGGCUGAAAAAGUAGAAAAGGAUGUUGGACAAGUUGACAUCCUUGUGAACAAUGCUGGCAUUAUGCCCUGCAAGCCUGUGCUCAAGCAAACUGAGAAGGAAAUCAGAGCCACUAUGGAAAUUAACGUCAAUGGAAACUUAUGGAUGAUCCAAGCUUUCCUACCCGCCAUGUUGGACCGUAACUCCGGCCACAUCGUCGCUAUGUCCUCUAUGGCCGGCAAAAUGGGUCUCCGUAAUCUCGUGCCCUACUGUGGCAGUAAAUACGCCGUCAGAGGCAUCAUGGAAUCACUCGCCGUGGAGCUUCAUGAGGACCCUAGAAAUACAAAUGGGAUCAAAUUCACAACAAUUUGCCCAUACAUUGUGAACACGGGUCUUUGCCACAAUCCUCGCAUUCGUUUCGAGGCUGUCAUGAAGACCGUGGACCCAGGAGACGCAGCAGACCAGAUUGUAGACGCCGUUCUUAGAGAAUACCAUGAGAUUACCAUUCCUAGUGACAUGUACUACUCAAAUAAGGUCUUCAACCUAUUCCCACCAUCGGCUGGCAGGGUUCUGACUGACUUCAUCGGCACUGGUCUGGACCCCCACGAAUGA